AUGCUUCCAAGUUCCCCUGAAGGCGGAGUCACGUCUCCAAGUGCCUUGGAAGGCGACGUCUCACCUCCAAGUCCCUCUGACGGUGAUGUCUUGCCUCCAAGUCACUCUGACAGUGAUGUCUCGGCUCCAAGUCCCUCUGACGGCGACGCCUCGCCUCCAAGUCUCUCUGACGGCGACGUCUCGCCUCCAAGCCCCUCUGACGUGGACGUUUUGCCUCCAAGUCCCUUUGACAUCAACGUCUCACCCCCAAGUUCCUCUCAGGGCAACGUCACGCCUCCAAGUUCCUCUAUGGGCGACAACAUAGAUAAUGACCUCUCUAGAGGCGACCCACCUGGCCACGAAAGGGACGUCGUACCGUUGCCUGGCCGCAAAAGGGAUGUCAUACCGCCACCUGGCUACGAAAGGGACGUCGUACCGCUGCCUGGCCACCAAAGGGACUUUGUACCACCACCUGGCCGUGUGGAGGUCGUACCGCUGCCGGACCGCAACACGGACAAAACGUCGCCACCAAACCCCUCCAGAUGUGCCAUCGUACCUCCAGGUCCCUCUGAAGGCGACGUCUCACCCCCAAGCUCCUCUGAGGGCAACGUCUCUCCCCUGAACUCCUCUGAAGGCGAAGUCACGCUUCCAAGUUCCCCUGAAGGCGGAGUCACAUCUCCAAGUUCCUCGGAAGGCGACAUCUCGCCUCCAAGUCCCUCUGAUGGCGACAUCUUGCUUCCAAGUCCCUCUGACGGCAAAGUCUCACCCCCAAGUUCCUCUCAAGGCUAUGACAUAGAUAAAGACCUCUCUAGAGGCGACGUAGUGGUCCCAAGCCGACCUGAAAACGAUGUCGCAGUCCCAGGGUUUUCCAAGGCCCCUGUUGCACUUGAAGGUUCCUCCGAGAGUGACAAGAGUGUCCAAAGUACCCCUGGAAGUGCCGUUGCACCUCAAAACUCCUUCCAAGUUGCCGAAACACUCCAGAGUCCUGCCGUGGACGUCGUCACCCCCAUUGUUACGCCUCGAAGCCCUGCCGAAGGCUUCACUGUGUUCCUGAAUCUGUCCGUAGGUGCCUAA